AUGGCUUCUCCCCUUCAAAUCAAUAUAAAUUACAUUAAUAAUCUAGCUGAAAAGAUUAUCACAGACCAAGCUACGGAAUUCAAUAGGCUUUUAGACUCAAUUAUUACCACAGAUCAGAAAGAAUUUUUUUUUAAUGGGGAAUCCGGCAUAUUCUUCAGCCAGCUGGAGCUAAGGCCCAAAGACAAUGCAACUAUUAUAGAUUCUCUUGUAUUUUACAAAGCAAAAAAAAUUUUUAAUUCGAAUUUCAAGGUGAUUCAAAAUACCUUCAAUCAUUUCCAUUAUAUUAAUUCUAAAGAGCACUGCUUCUAUUAUAUCAUUCAUAAUAAAGAUUAUCAAGACAAUCAAAAUCCAAAUAUUGACAUAGAAUUAACAGAAUCCGUAUUAGAUCUAUACGAAAACAAUCUCAAGCUAUUUUUAGAUUCAUUACUUUUUGAACAACAUUUAAUCAGUUUAUAUGAAUUAGGAUCCGAAAAAAUUCAAAACGCUAUUGCAGAAUUGAUCCCAACAUUACCACAUCUUUCCAUUAAUCAAGCAAUUGUUUCAAAAAGUACAAAGAUGCUAGAUUUAGUAAGUAAUUUUCUUACAGACCAAAAUUUCAGAUCAUUCAUGAGUACAACAAGUCCACAGCUUACAUUAUUCCAUUAUGCAGCACUUACUCUCGAUGUUGAUGUCUUCAUGUGGUGUUUUCAAAAAGUUUUAUUUCUAAAAAACGAAGAUGGAUCAAUAUCAAAUACAGAGGAUACAGAUAAAUAUGUAUUGGAAUUUUUCGAAUCCAAGAAAGAUUUUUUGAUGUACUGCAUCAAAAAUUCGAAAGAUAACCCAACUGAAUUUGUUUACCAAUUGCUUUCUAAUGAAACAUUUAGAAGUUAUUCUGGAUACAAAGGAUUGAUUCUUCAUAGAGACAAAAACAAUAAUAAUUUGUUACAUUACGCAUGCAUGAGAGGAAAUGCAGAGUUGUUUAAUAUGAUUUCUUCUGAGUUUCUUAAUAUUAUCAACGAAGCUUCUGAAGGAAAAAUGAUUGAAGGAACAGAUAUUCCUAUUACACUUGGUUUGCUUUCUCUCAAAAACAAAGACGGCGAAUGUCCAAUUCAUCUCGCUGUAAAAAGCAAAUCCAUGGAGAUUUUACAGAUGGCAAUUAACUUCAAUGAUUUGUUUGGAGCGAGCAACCAAUGCGAUCUUUUCGAGAAUGAUGUGGUAGGUGUUUACCAAAUCGACGGAAAGAAACAAACAAUAUUGCAUUUAGCAGUUAAAGCUGGUUGGAUUGAAGGUGUCAUAGAAAUUCUUAAGCUUGAAAUAAAUAUUGCACAGCAUUUCGAUAUUGAAAGUGAAAUCUCGGCAAUUACAAAAAUUCCUGAUAUUGCGAAGGUUCUUGAUAUCGAAGAUAAAGCUAUAAAGGUUAGAUUAACUGAUGGAAAAUUAAGUAUUCAUAAAAUCGAAGAAGAUGUUUCGAUUUAUUGCACUGCAAUCGAAGAGAAAAAGUAUUUCUUUACGAAACGUAAAGAUCAGUAUGGACUUAGUCCUAUUGCUUGGAUGGCAAUUAAUGGCAAUUUGGAGAUGUUGCAAAUCGUUCAUGAUUCGUUUGAAGAAGAUAUUUUGUACGCUGACAAAUCAAUGUACACAAAAAGAAGACUUUUGCACUGGGCUGUCAUCGAAAAUCAAGAUGCUAUUGUUGAUUAUCUGUUAGAAAAUACAGGAUUCCAUACGCAAAUCGAUAUUUUGUCUGGAGAACCACCUUUUUCUGCCCUUCAUUAUGCAGUGAAAUUAGAAAAUUUCCAUAUGAUGCAAACUCUAAUUCAUAAUGGAAGUGAACCAAAUAGAACUAACAAACAAUUCAAGGUCAAGUCGCCGUUUGAAAUAACUGAAGAUGAUUUAUUGAGAGAUACAAUGAACAAUGAAUUAGAACAAAGAAGAUAUCGAGAAAAUCAAUAA